AUGAUCGUACGCCCAAAGCUGUUUUUACCACGACGCGUCCUCGCCCGGCCCUUCUCGGUCUCCCGUCCCCGCUGGGAGGCUGCGCUGCCUGCCAGAAAGCCCGUAGGGGCUUUUCGAGGAGGAGUCUUCGGUUUCCUGACGGGUGCCGUUGUUGCCGGCGCGUCGGUCUACUAUUACAUCCUCGGUGACUACCGCGUCGCCAAUGAGAUGCUGUCUGAUGACAUCGGAGCCCUUCAAUCUGCUACUAUGAAGCUCCAGUCGUACAUUACCGAGCUCGAGAGCAAGGUUAACAACUUGUCGAAGAAAUAG